AUAGCAACAAGAAACAUGGCGCGCAAUCUGCGGAAGGUUAUAGUUAAAAUUCCAGUUGAAGAUCGUGAACUGGAUGGCGUGUUUAAUUUUCCAUGCGAGGCGUCGUGGAACGGUUGUGCUGUGAUUCUGACACACGGGGCCGGAGGGGAUAUGAAUUACCUCCAUCUGGAGAAACUAGCUGCUCAUCUCGCAAGCACGGGAAUACUGUGUUUGAGAUUCACCUGCAGGACAAGAAACUUCAAGUAUAGGAUACAGUGUUUCACAGCAGUUGUGGAGUUCCUGAGGAAUUUUGAAGAGUUUCCAAUCAACAUGUGCAUCAUAGCAGGCCGUUCAAUGGGUGCACGUGUUGCUGCUGAGGUAGCUUCAAACAGUAGUUUGACCACAAACUUUGUAUUUGGCGUUGCUUGUUUGUCAUACCCUUUACAUCCUCCACGUAAGACCUCGGAGAUUCGAGUAUCUUCACUUCUCCAUCUUGGAUUGCCUGCAUUGUUUAUAAGUGGCAGAAAAGAUCCAUACUGCAGGCCCGAUUUAAUGGAUACAGCUCUGAACAGAAUGGCAAAUGACUGGAAAAUGCACUGGGUGGAAGGUGCAGACCAUGAACUAAAGCUGCGUGGCAGAGUGAAUCAUGAGCUAAUAUCAGAUAUGUGUGAAUGGUUUGUGCAAUGGUGUCAGUCGGUGUUCAUGGCAGAAAGAUGACAAACCUUCCAAUAAAUGCAAUUUAGCCUGUGUAGCUGUAGUGGUGAGUAGCAAAGUUUGGAUUGGCAUUUGUACUAUUUUAUGUCUCUUUCAAGCUUCGAAGGACACACAAACCUGCCAACUACACAGACUGAUGGAAUUCAGCAAACUACCUGAACAUGUCUUAAAAUGAUUUUGUCAACGCCAUUUGUUACUGAACUGUCAUGGUAUAUGGUAAGACCAAAAUUUAUUUUUGUAUGCCAAUCUUGCAACAAUAUUUGGUGGUGUGCCAACAUUGGUUGUUUAAGGAGCACUGCCAUAAAUUCCUGCAUCACAUCUUGGCCAACAUGUCAUUGGAAAUGACCUAUGUCUGUUCAACGAGUACCAUUCGAGCUAUUAUGGAGACAGUCUAUAGUAAAUAAUAUUGUCCCAACAUUGCAUGAUAUUAUGGUAUUUGGCAUGUGCAUGUGUUGGCCUAUAUCAGGAAGUGAUGACCAAAUUAUGUUUUCCUCUUGUCCAUGCCAUAGACAAAGGUCACAGAGUAAAACAUACCCACCAUGGGCCAAUAUUGCUCAAUGUAAUACAUCAGAUUAUCACAAUCAAGUUGGCACAGCUUGACAAUGAUGAAAUCAGCAGGUUAAUAGUAAUAAUUUAUUGAGUUGUAAUAUAAUUUUUAGACUCCUGAACUCUGAAAUAA